AUGUCCAUUUUGCUAUCAUUGUUCGCAUCAAAUAUCAAAGGCAACACAAAGCGAGCUAUCGUCAAUACAAUGUUCUUUAUUGGAUACUGUGCCGGUUGUAUAGGAAGCCCACAGCUUUGGACGAAGUCGCCACGCUAUGCCGAGGGGGUGAUCACAUCAAUUGUGACAUGGUGCCUGUUGUUCGUGUCUAUUAUUGUCUAUCGUAUUUUAUGCAUACGCGAUAACAAGGCUCGUGACUUACUGGUCAAUUCUGGUACUUACGAGGGGGCUCAAGAUGUUGAACUUGAUCAUAAUGGGUUGCCAAGAAAUGAUAUAACCGAUAAGGAGGACAAACAAUAUCGUUAUGCGCUAUGA